CCAACAUUUCGGUUCAAAACUCACUUUUCCCCUUAUGUGUUCAAAACGCUUGACACGACACUAGCAAACAAGUAUCGUUCCUCUAUGCUUCUGAUUCGAACCCGAAAACAGCACCAUCGUCAAUUCAGAGAUGGUUAUCCCUCCACCUGUUAGACCGCCAAGAAUUCUGAAAUUCCUAAAGCCCUAUGUCCUGAAGAUGCAUUUCACAAACAACUAUGUUAGUGCCCAAGUAAUCCAUUCUCCCACUGCAACUGUGGCAUCUUCAGCAAGCUCACAGGAGAAGGCCCUCAGGUCAAGCAUAGGAUCUACUCGGGACGUGGCAGCUGCCGCCAAGAUUGGGAAGAUACUCGGGGAACGCUUGCUGCUGAAAGAGAUACCCGCUGUUUCUGUUUUCUUAAAGCGAGAACAGAAGUAUCAUGGUAAGGUGAAGGCUGUCAUGGAUUCCCUCAGGGAAGCAGGUGUCAAAUUGCUUUAAAUUUAGAAAAUUUUAGAAAAAGCGUUUAGUUUGCUUAACCUGUGCUAGAUUCAUGGUCGAAUACAUUCUUCAUUUGUCCUUUGAAUGCUGUUCUAUUUUAGUUGGUUGAGAACGAUCACUACUUGCACCAAAACAAACAGCCUAAAAUGCAGUUUAUAUUGUAAUGCUUUUAUGUUCUUGUCCUAGUAUUAUUGAUAUAUUUUCCAUCGGUAAACUGAACUCUGAUGUAUUGAAUCA